CUCACCGGUCUCACGUCUGUGUAUUCUGUGUCUGCCGCCACUUUUAGCAGCGAGGAGCCAAGAGAAAGGUUAUAAAUGGGGGUUACGGGGAUCUCUUUUUGAUCUGGUUUGGUGAUUUAUACGUGCACAAUUUGUGCGGGUGUCGUCGGUCGUUAUCCAAUUACGUGUAGUGCUAGUUGUGAGAGAUAAAUACUGUGCGAGGCAAGAGACAGCAGGAUCUCGACAAUAUGGUGAAUCUUCAUGCUGUGCUUACGAAUUAACGAGAUGCAAUUUAUGUUACUGUUCAGUCGCCAAGGAAAGCUUCGUUUACAGAAAUGGUACGUCGCGCAUCCAGACAAGCUAAAAAAGAAAAUCACGCGUGAAUUGAUUACUACGAUACUGGCACGAAAACCGAAAAUGUCGAGCUUCUUAGAAUGGAAGGAUGUUAAGGUUGUUUACAAAAGAUAUGCAAGCUUAUACUUUUGCUGUGCAAUUGAGCAGAAUGAUAAUGAAUUGCUAACACUGGAGAUUAUACAUCGAUAUGUUGAAUUGUUAGAUAAAUAUUUUGGCAGUGUAUGCGAGUUGGAUAUAAUUUUCAAUUUCGAAAAGGCAUACUUUAUCUUAGACGAGUUACUUGUUGGUGGAGAGAUUCAAGAAACUAGCAAGAAAAAUGUAUUGAAAGCCAUUGCUGCUCAGGACCUGUUACAGGAGGAGGAGACUCCUCAGGGAUUCUUCGAAGAUCACGGAUUGGGAUAAUAUUCUUUAAAACGAUACGCGUGCUUUUUUGUAAGUCUACAUUCCCACAACUAUGUUUUACCAUUCCACAGUUCCAUUAAUGUUCGAUGCAAUUUCCAUUACUUGAAUUUAAAAAAUUAAAAAGAAAAAAACAAAAAGGACUUAUACAUUUUGGAGUGCAGACGUUAUACACAUAUUUUCAAUUGUCAAAUUUAUUAUUUUAAUGAUAUCGCUAAAAAAUAUGAAUUAGAAAUUUUAACUUUUCAGGAUAUAGGAUUUUAGCUUUAAAUAAAAUGUAUUUGCGUAUGUUUUCAAGUAUUAUAUGAAUCAUAUUUACAUAAGUUUAUCGAUUUAAGAAAAGAUAAAAUGGCAAUCAGGCGUGUUUUAAUAUAUACGUAAAUAAAUACGUCAUCUAUUUGACACACAUUUUAUUUGUUUAAAGCAAAUAAGUUAUGUAAUUUAUUAAAUGAAAAAAGAAAUGACACAGAAUAUUUAAAAAUUAUUAAUGAGAAAGUAAAACUCCACGUUUCUUACGUAUCACAGAAAAUGGAGAGAAAAAUAUAAUUUUUUAAAUUAAUUAAAAACUUUUUUCACAAAAAUUCUAUUUACGUACUAAUACGAAAUACGGUUUAAUGAACUGAAUGCAUAUAGCAUUCAAAAAGUUUGAAACAUAAGUUUAUACACAAUCACUCAUAAGAUGUGAUGUAUUGUUAAUUAAAUAUUAUAUUUCGUAAUAUAUUACAUAAUAUAGCAUAUGUUACGAUGCGCCCUCGCCUCGUUACCAAACAUCUGUUUUAACGCUUCCCCGUAAGCAAAAUAUCAUUAAUACAUCAUAACAAUGAUAUUUUAUAAUAUAUAACAUUUUCAAAUACAUAGUUCUUGAUGCUGUAUACAAUGUUAUUAUGAAAAAUAUCAGAAUAUUAAAAUAAAUAUUACAUUAUGGAGUAACAAUUCAAAAACAUUGAUAAAAUAUUAUGUCAGUGUUUAUAAAAUUCACAUAACAUCAGUGUUAUAAAAGAUUGAUUUAUAUAAUGUUUCUUGCUUACUGGGCUUGCGCCGAAAUGCCACGAUGGGAAAACAUACUGUCACAAGCUAUCGAUAAAGUUCCAGAUCUUUUUUUGAUCCUGGAUAUAAAUAUACAAUAAUAACUGUCUGCACAUUUUUAAACAUUGUUAACAAAAACAUAAUCUAUAAUAAUAAAAAUAUUCUCUGGUUGAAAGAAGUACACAGACUGAAUCGGUAAUAAAUAUGUACUCUGCCGCAAAAAUUGAUAGACUUUUUAAUAGGUUAAAAUUGAUCAAGUUUAAUUUAUAAUUAUAAUAAUUAAAAAGAUAAUAAGGUUUCAUUUUGAUAUACGUUUAUCAAAUAUGUGUUUUGUCAAGCUAUAUAUGUUUACGAAUAGGAAUUUAUUAAUGACUUGUAUGAUUGCCGAUUAUAUAUGGCAAUCAUACAAGUCAUUAAAUUCGAAGAAUCAGUAAUUGGGUUGCUACUUGCGGUUUUUAUUUUAAAAAGUUGAACAUAUCAAAGUUUACAUCUUUACUACCGUUUAUCCUUCACAUAAAUCAAGAGAAUAAUUAGAAGUAUUAAUAUUUUUUAAGAAUAAUAAUAUUUUUCUUUAACUCUUAACUGAUAUAAGUUUGUAUUUUAAGAGGCUGUUUUGUGCAAAUUAUUCUUUUUUUCCUUUCUUUAUUAAAAAAAAAAAUAAAUUAAAUUAAUUACAACUAUUUAAAAAAGUUUUUUUUUUGUAAAAAUAAAAAUAUUAUAUUUGCUCUAUUUGUUAAAAAGAGUACAAAAAUGUGUUUAUAAGAGGCAAAAGCACUCAUAUGAGAAAGCUUUUAUUCGUUAAAAAAAAAAAAAA